CCCACAACAACUGAAACAACAACCACUCCAACGACAACCGCAACGUCGACCACAACUGAAAAUACGACAACUCCCACAACAACUGAAACAACAACAACUCCAAUGACAACCGCAACGUCGACCACAAUUGAAACACCUACAACUACCACAGCGACGACAACCGCAACAUCGACCGCAACUGAAACAACAACCACCCAGACGACAACCGCAACGUCGACCACAACUACAACUACCACCCAGACGACAACCGCAACGUCGACCACAACUGAAACAACGACAAUUCCCAAAACAACUGAAACAACAACCACUCCAACGACAACCGCAACGUCGACCACAAAUGAAACAACAACCACCCAGACGACAACCGCAACAACUACCACCCAGACGACAACCGCAACGUCGACCACAACUGAAACAACUCCCACAACUACCACCCCGACGACAACCGCAACAUCGACCACAAAUGAAACAACAACUCCGACAACUACCACCCGGACGACAAACACAACGUCGACCACAACUGAUACAACGACAACUCCCACAACUACGACCCCGACGACAAACGGAACGUCGACCAAAAUUGAAACACCUACAACUCCCACAACAACUGAAACAACAACCACUCCAACGACAACCGCAACCGAAAACCGGAACGUCAAACACUACUGA